GAAACAACAACUAACCAGUCAAUGUUUCUCUCCUGAAAAUUCAAAGAUGUGGCCGCCAUAUUACACCGAGGGAACAAAUCUCAAAUCUCCCUGUCUCCAUUUUCUUUCCCGCCGUCGCCGACGACGACGUUUUGCUUAAGAUCCCUACUAUGGCUGGCAUACCCACCGUUAUCAAGUCGCCGCCGGCGCUUAUCCCGCCGGCCGGGCCAACUCCGGGCGGCAAACUCCCGCUCUCCUGCAUCGACAAGACCGUCGGUGGUUUUGUGCACCUCAUCCAGGUCUUUCCCCCGUCGGCGUCCCUCUCCGCAGCCCACGGUGACCAAGGAGCCGCCGCGGCCGUGGCCGCGAUGCGGAGCGGGUUCGCGAGGGCGCUUGUGCCGUACUACCCGGUGGCCGGUCGUCUCGCUCCGUCCGGCCUAGAGGUGGACUGCACUGGCGAGGGUGUCUUGUUCGUGGAAGCGGCCGCUGGAUGCACGCUCGCCGACGUGGACGGCCUUGAGUGCUACCCGCUGCCCAUCUCGGCGGAGCUCCUCCUCCCGCGCCCUCCGCCAGGCGAGAAGCUGGACGGCAUCAUCCUCAUGGCCCAGGCGACGCGGUUCACCUGCGGUGGGUUCGCCGUGGGGAUCAGCUUCAGCCACGCGGUGUUUGACGGGCAGGGCGCGGCGCAGUUCCUCACGGCCGUGGGGGAGCUAGCACGGGGGCUCCCGACGCCGUCGGUGGCUCCGGUGUGGGACCGCCACGCGAUCCCUUACCCGUCCAGGCCGCCGCCGCCGCAACUCAGGAUCAUCAGGGAGUUCAAGUUCGUGACCCAGGUAGCGGACAUCUCGGCGGCGAGCAUCGAGCGCGUCAAGGAUGAGUUCAAGCAGGCUGCCGCAUCGACUGGGGAAGGCUGCUCCACCUUCGACGCGGUGACGGCCAUCGUGUUUAAGUGCCGCGCACUGGCGCUUGCGGAGGGGCUCCCGGACGGCGCCGAGGUCCGAGUCGGCUUCGCCGCCGGCACGCGGCACCUCCUCCGCGGCGUGCUGCCGACGGUGGACGGGUACUACGGCAACUGCGUGUACCUGGCGUGCGUCCGUAGGACCAACAGGGCCGCCCGGGAGUCGGCGCUGGCGGAGCUGGUCGGCACAGUACGGGAGGAGAAGGAGGCCAUCGCGGCGGGGUUCGCGGACUGGAUGCGCGGCGUCCGUCGCUACGAGCCGCCGCUGGACUACAGCACGGCGAUUCUGUCGGACUGGAGCCGCCUCGGUUUCGAUGAGGUGGACUACGGCUUCGGCAUGCCAGGGUACAUAUUCCCGCACAACGACCUGGUCGACUACGUCGCGACGCUCGUAUACGUCAGGCCGCCGGCGCCCAAGCGCGGGGGGAUCCGGGUGCUCAUCGGCUGCAUGGAGGACCCGCACGCCGCCAUGUUCGCUGCCGAGCUCGCCAAGUUCGCCUAGAGGCAAUGCAUGCAUCGUUCGUGGGCAUGUUCAUGUGAGAUAAGUUUAAAAAAGAAAUAUCCAUGUGUGAGAUGAGUGAAUAAAACAGGUCUUAUAGGACUAUCGAGAAAUGCAUUGGCAACGAAACCCAAUAAAACUUGUUUAUCUUGUUUAUCAUCAAAAUAUUUUAUGGCUUGAACUAUAA